AUGGCAAAAAAGAAGAAACAAACAAAGAAGACAGAAGAGGUUGAAGAAGAACCAGAAUUCAACGUUGAAGAGAUUCUAGCUAGAAAAGUAUAUGUAUGUCUUUUGUUAAAAAGUAGAGUAGAGGGAAUAGAGAGUGUAAAAGGGAAUACAAAGGAUAGAAAAGAGAAAGAGAAAGAGAGAAAGAAUAGAAACAAAACAUUUUAUUUGAUAAAAUGGGAUUCAUAUGCAAGAAAGGAUUCAACAUGGGAAGAUUCAGCACAUGUGUUUUGUUCAGACUUGGUAGAUAAACUUGAAGAAGAAUUCAAGGACAAGGAGAGUGCAGAAUCACAAAAAAGUAUUGAAGAGGAGUUUAAAUUCCCCUUUGAAACGAUCGAUGCCGAGAUGGGAGACGAUGAUGAUGAUGAAGAUGAAGAAGAAGAGGAAACAAAGAGCAACAACAAAAAAGAUAACAAAAAGCCAACACCAAAGAAAAAGGCACAAACCACAACCAACAAAAAGAGAACCUCUGAACCUCCAACAACACCAACCAAAAAAUCAAAGUCUGCCUCCAAAGACGACACCAAAGAGGAAAAAGAUGAAUUCUCAAAUGUCAAUGGAAAGCGAUCCACUCGUAACAGCAGUAUGGCUGCUGCAAACAUUGGUGGUACUCCCGUCAAGAUUGGUUUCCCUCCAGGUGAAAAAGUUGAUAAAAUCAUGGGUUGUAAAGAAAACAAUAAUGAAAUCAUGUUUUUUAUUAAAUGGGUUGGUAAAUCCGAAUGCUCAUAUGUUACGAGUAAUGAACUUCGUAUUAUAGAACCACAAAUGUUAAGUUAG